AGGAAAGUGUGUGAGAGGAAGGCGGGAGGACAAUACAGAGAUCCUAGAUGCUCUCUAUUCUACCCCCUCUCUCUGUCUCUCCCCACCCCCUCUCUUUUCUCUCCACCCCUCUCUCCCACUCCCUCUGUCAUUCCAUCAGGUCCUCACAAACACAGAGGUUCAGAGGGAGGACAGCUCCCCUACUAGAGAAGGAAAGAAACAAAGAAACGGAGAAAGAGAGAAACAGUGAGGGGAAUAAAAAGAAGAAGUCGUAUUAACAGUGGAGGACAAGUUUUGGAGGAGAGGAGAGCGAAGGAAGAGAGUGGUGGUUUUGGUGGGGGGUGGGUGGGUAGCGUUCGCGGCUGCUCCGUCUCUCUCUCUCCUCCAUCCCUCCGUCUCCGUCGCCGUGGGUUCACAGCUCUCCCUCUCCCUCCCCCCCUCCCUUGCUCCCUACCUCCCCCGCUCGCUGCUGCCGGGAGCCUCCGAGCUGCUGCGGCGGAGGUCGUCUCGGAUGGAGUCGCCAAGAGACGUAGGAGGAGAGACGAUGGAGCGCGGGGAGCGGGCCGAGCCACUGACCGAUGCCGAGCGGGAGAUCAUCCAGAACACCUGGGUACACGUCUACGAGAACUGCGAGGACGUGGGCGUGUCGGUCCUCAUAAGGUUCUUUGUGAACUUCCCAUCGGCCAAGCAGUACUUCAGCCAGUUUCAGGACAUGGAUGACCCAGAGGAGAUGGAGCGCAGUGUCCAGCUGAGGCACCACGCCCGCCGGGUGAUGAGCGCCAUCAACACGGUGGUGGAGAACCUCCACGACCCAGAGAAAGUGUCCUCUGUUCUGGCUCUGGUGGGCAAGGCGCAUGCUGUCAAACACAAGGUGGAGCCUAUGUACUUUAAGAUCCUGUGUGGUGUAAUGCAGGAGGUGUUCUCGGAGGACUUCCCAGAGUUCUUCACGGCAGAAGUGCAAAUGGUGUGGACCAAACUGAUGGGGGCGGUGUACUGGCAUGUGACGGGUGCCUACACAGAGGUUGGCUGGGUGCAGCUCUCCAGCUCGGCAGUGUGAGGGGCGAUAGCAGGGGAGUGCAGGGCUGUGACGGUCUGUACAGAUCCUGAAGGGGAAGUUUGGUCUCUGUAAUGCCCCUGUCCAAGAAAAAAUGAAAGGAAUAGGGAUGGAGGAAGGUGAUUUUUAGGGCUGAGACUGUUCAUAGAAUAUCUUGUUGUGUUCAACUUGUGGGGGAGUCGUUCCCCUCUCCCUACUGACUCAUUGUGUGUACUUUACUGUAUAGCCCCUGAGGUGUUGUCUGUAUAGCUCCUGGGAUGUUGUCUGUAUAGCGUACAGUAAGUGAGUGUAUUCUCUUAUGCCCUCAUUCAACACUCAUUGUAGUAUUGUAAAUCUUCAAUGUUUUCAAGGGAACUAAGGGCUCCAUUUUAGGGAGUUUUGUUGCUCACUGAAAGAAUGCCACUUUGGAUUCCCAAAUACACCCUGUAUCUUUCCAUGCCCAUCUCAUGCACUAUGCAAACACACCCAUCCGCUAACAUCUGCUAACACCCUGUCCAUACGGCAAUUGGCUAUUUUAAACAGUUUCAAAGUGAUGGGAUAGAGCCACAGGCUGACAGACCACUGUUAGAGUAUCAUCUCCUCUUUAUAAGCAUGCAUGCACGCACGCACGAGCACACACACACAAUCACACACAUACACUGCUCUGCCGACUUUGACCACCCGUAUGGUAAUAUUUACAGAGCAUUUACUUGGUUUACAUUUCCUCAUUAAGAAACUGACUCCGGAGGUCUCUGGACAUACAACGGACCCUUUGAAGUAGCAUCAGUAUAUCAUUUACCUCUGAACCACUGGGGUAAGAAAAAAUAUUCAUAUCAACCAAAUCUAAUAUACUAAGCACUCUACAACCCUACCAAGAGGUCUAGACACUUUGGUACAGUUUAAACCAUGUUGGGUUGGCAUGUACAAUACGAUGACACAAGUUGGAGCCCUGCUCCCGACUUUUCCCUGAACACACUACAAAUGGAUUUUGAAUGUCACUUUAGAUCCAAUCUCCUCUGUGUCUCUGAUGGUAACUCCUGCGCUCUGGUCCCUCUCGGCUUUGUCAUUUACCAUUAAUGAGGAAGUAAUGGGGCUCCGCUCUUCCUCUUCUGGUCAUUCAUCAAAUAUCUUCCCUACUCUCUCAUCCUUUCUUUCCCCUAGCCAAAUUCUGAGAGAAAUCAUCCCUCUAUCUGCUUUGCUACCAUGGCUACUUGGCUAAUAAUAUAAUACUACUCAUAUUCUACUGCCUUCUCCUUUGUUGUUCCUUUGGAGGCCAGCAGUAAUGUUACGAGAUGAAGGAUAUACAGUAGACUUACAUGGCUGAUAAUUAACUGAUACAGGAAGUCGAGCUAACACAACAUGACAAACUCAUUCAGCAAGAGACAAGUGGCUGUAGAUGAGAGGAAAUGAGGUGGAUUACUGUAGAAGUCGUGGUAUAUAAUAAAUGCUCUCUCCCAUUACACCUACAGUACAAUACACGCACCAGUCUCACACUGUUAGCAAAACAUUUGACGUCAGAUCUUGAGUACAACCCCAUUAGAGGGCAGGCUCCUCUGUUCCUCCGAGUAGCUCGGGAUGGAGGAGUAUUUGUGUUAGGCCUGAGUCACACCGACAGGUUGUUUAUUAAACCCUUGUCACCCAUAAUUCACAAAAUGGCUACAUAAUCUUUUUUCUCCCUUCAGCUAUAAGCUCGUACCCUCCAUCUGCAGAGUUUUCCUCCCUGACAGUCUCUCGUGAACACACACAAACACACACUUAAGCAUAUGUAGACAUCAUAUACUACAUCUGGGACUUCUUGUUGUGAUUUUCUUUUUUUGUCAGUCAGUUUUAAAGCUUGGACUUUAUAUUUUUCUAAAUAUAGAAAACAAAAUGAUUAUCUGUAUAUGUAUUUGGAAUACUGUGUAUGACUGAGAUUAUAUACAUUUGUUGACUGGGGGAGUGGGAGUGGUUUUGUGCUGUUUUAGCAUGUUUGCACAGCCUACUACAGACGUGUACCUUUGCAGACCUGUGGAAAUGAACUAUCAAUGACUAUCAAUAAAGUGAUAAUUACCUA